AUGAACAGCAUCAACCCCCCCACCUUCCAAAUCCACUACUUCGCCUCAGCAUCCAGCUACACAGGCAAACAAACGGAACGACUCGCCGCCCCGCUGCCCCUCUCACUUCUCUUUGAGACCUUGGAAUCGAUGUACCCGGGUAUUGGGGAAAAAGUGCUUUCGAGUUGUGGGGUGAGUUUGGGGGAUGAGUAUGUUGAUGUGGUGGAUGAUGCGGGCGUCGUUAUUGGCGAGGGGGAUGAGGUUGCGGUCAUUCCGCCGGUUAGUUCGGGGUGA